AUGGAGCCAGAAGCUGGGACCAACAAAACUGCAGUUGCUGAGUUCAUCCUGCUGGGCUUGGUGGAAACACCGGAGCUGUGGCCAGUUGUCUUUGUACUCUUCCUCUUUGCCUACUUGGUCACCGUCGGGGGCAACCUCAGCAUCCUGGCUGCCAUCAUUCAUGAGCCCAAACUCCACACUCCCAUGUACUUCUUCCUGGGGAACCUGUCGGUGCUAGAUAUGGGUUGCAUCAGUGUCACUGUUCCCUCCAUGUUGAGUCGACUGUUGCUCCGAACGCAAGCGAUUUCCUACAGUGCAUGCCUCGUACAGCUCUUCUUUUUCCAUUUGCUUGUUGGGGUGGACUGCUUCCUGUUGACUGCCAUGGCCUAUGACAGAUUCCUGGCCAUCUGUCGGCCCCUCACC